AUGAGUCCCUUCCACCCCCUCGCGCCGCGCCCCACAGCGUUCAUCAUCGCCCCCCUGGCCUCCACCUCGCGCCGGCCCUCGCGUACGUCGCGCCCGUCCUCGCCCGCGGCGCGCCCCCACCAGCCGUCCAAGCGAAGGGUCCCGCGCCCGUCGAAACGUGCGCGCAAGUCGGUCCACACAUCCCGCACCGCGGCUAGCAUCGCCGCGAACAAAUGGUCUCGCGUGGACCCCUCCCUCCGAAACGAGGUCUCCCAUCCCUCUGACUUGCGCCCGGAGUCGUGCCCGGCCCUCGUGCUCAAUGCCGACUUCUCCCCACUCUCGUACAUGCCGCUCUCCCUCUGGCCGUGGCAGGACGCCAUCAAGGCCGUCUUUCUUGACCGCGUCACCGUCGUCGCCACGUACGAUAUCGGUGUCCGUUCCCCAGGCAUGAUAUUCCCGCUGCCGAGUGUCAUCUCGCUCAAGCAGUACCAGCCAAGGGCUAGAAAACGCCCCGCUUUCUCCAGGUUUAACGUCUUUAUGCGGGACGCCUUUUCCUGCCAGUAUUGCGGCCGGCGCUUUCCGACCCAAGAACUCACUUUUGAUCACGUCAUCCCUAGAUGUGCCGGCGGAAAGACCAACUGGCAGAAUGUCGUCACGGCAUGCAUUGGCUGCAACCACAGUAAGGGUCGCUACCUGCUGCAUGAGCUCAAGCACAUGAAGCUUCUCAGAAUGCCGCAUGAACCCACGAAUGGGCAGCUACAGGCCAGAGCGCGGCUCUUCCCACCGCGGUACCUCCAUGAGAGUUGGAGGGAUUACGUCUACUGGAGCCAGAGUAUGAAAGUUGAGAGUGAUCAAUGACGGGCGGUGCUUUUUGUCAUCACUUCCUGUUGUCCUGUUUUUGUGUCUUACAGGGCGUCUCGACUUCCACGGGUUUUGGGCAUCCCCGCAUCUCAUUAUCUACGCUUUGUUCUGUUUUGUCGUACAUUGUUCCCCAUUGCGUCGAGCGCGCUCUUGCCGCUGCUGCCGCAUCCCGAUUUGUUCCAUCAGCCUGUAUCUACGUGCUCCCACUGCCGCCAUGGCCAUCUCCUUGUCUGGAGCACAAGAAUGAGAGCCCGAAUUCCUACUACCAACGGCGCACCAUUUUGACUUCUGCUAUGCAGGUCCCUCGGUCGCAGCUGUAUUUUCCCCACAACUGGCGCGAGUGAAACGGUAGGCAAAUGACUUCCUUUUUGUAAAGGCUAUUGCUUCGUGCCGUGCAACGGUACCCAAGGGUACUCAGGGUCAUUCUAUGA